UUUUUUUUAAUUAUAUCUGACACAGAAGUGCACGCCUUUAGUUACUGCCUCACUAUAAAAGUUGGAUGCUUCGUUCUCGAUCGGCACAUAAAGCGAACAAGGAUCAAGUUUCAUCAUGGUGCAGAGUGUAGCGAUCAUCGGGGCCGGGCCCUGUGGUCUGGCGUGUAUAAAGGCUUGUCUGGACGAGGGACUGGUGCCAACCUGCUUUGAAAGCAGCGAUGACUUGGGAGGAUUGUGGAAAUUUAAGGAAGUGUCAGAACCAGACCGAGCCAGUAUCUAUCGCUCCCUCACCAUCAACAUUUCCAAAGAGAUGAUGUGCUACAGUGACUUCCCCAUCCCUGCUGAUUACCCCAACUACAUGCACCACUCUAAAAUCCUGAAAUACUUCAGGAUGUACGCUGAACACUUCAAACUGCUGAAACACAUCCACUACCAGACCAUGGUUAAGAGUGUCAGACAGAGACCAGACUUUUCCCGCAGUGGUCAGUGGGACGUGGUGACUGAGAACAAAGAUGGACAGAUGGAGCGUCAUGUGUUUGAUGCAGUUAUCAGCUGCACCGGUCACUACACAUAUCCCAACCUGCCACUCAAAGAUUUCCCAGGAAUUGAGACGUUUGAGGGAAAAUACUUCCACAGCUGGGACUACAAGGGAGCAGAAGAAAUGCAUGGGAAGAGAGUGGUGGUCAUUGGCAUCGGUAACUCUGGAGGCGACAUUGCUGUGGAGGGCAGCAGAGUCGCUGAGCAGGUGUACAUGAGCACUCGCCGCGGUGCUUGGGUCAUCCGUCAGGUCUCUGACAACGGCCUGCCGGUGGACGUCAAGUACAACACACGUUUUGUCCACAUCUUGUUCCAGCUGCUGCCAAUCAACGUCCUCAACUGGAUUGGCGAGAAUAAACUCAACGCCAUGUACGACCACACCAUGUACGCUCUCAAGCCCACACACAGGCUCUUCAGUCAGAUCCCAGUGAUCAAUGACGACCUGCCUCUCAAGAUUCUGUCUGGAGCAGUUAUUAUCAAACCAAAUGUGAAGGAGAUUCGUGGCUCCACUGUGGUGUUUACAGAUGGCAGUUUUGUAGAAAAGGUGGAUACGAUUGUGUUCGCCACAGGAUACAACUAUGAUUUUCCCUGCUUGCCAAGCGAUGCCUUGUACAAGUCAGGGCACCGUGUGGGUCUGUACAAGCACGUGUUUCCCCCUAACUUGGAGCAUACGACUCUGGCUAUUGUGGGUUUCAUCCAUGCCCUUGGAGCCAUUAUGCCACAGGGUGAAAUGCAAAGCCGCUGGGUGACUCGCGUCUUUAAAGGAAAGUGUAAGCUGCCCUCAAACCAGGCCAUGAUCAAGGCUGUUGAGAAGGACACCAAGGACAUUGAGAAGAACUACAUUGUGUCAAAGCUGACUCCACUGCAGGUGGACUUUGUUUCCUACAUGGACGACAUAGCUGGAGAGGUUGGAGUGCGACCAAGUCUCCUCUGGCUCCUGUUCACUGACUACCCACUGUUUAAGAGGGUUUUGUGGGGACCUGUCACAGCCUACCAGUACCGCCUGAUGGGGCCCGGGAAAUGGGACGGAGCCCGCAGAGCAAUCUUCACACAGUUCGACCGCGUGUACCAGGCCCUAAAAACCAGAAAGGUGCAGGAGAAAGAGCCCUCCACUGCUGGACGCCUGUUGAAGACGAGCCUGAUCCUGAUGACCGGAGGAGCUGCCGCCUACUACGUCCACCUGCACCACCCGACUGCCAUGGAGACCCUGCUGAGCAAGAUUCGUCCUCAAACAGUCUAGACAGAAAUGCUGAGACACAGAGAGGACAUAUUAUACUUUUCAUUUUUGUAUUUCUGCAAAUGAACAUGGAGACAAUAUCUGAGCUGUUGAUUUAAGCCUUUUAUGGGUUAAACCUUGUAUUUUUAGAUUACUCAAAUGCAACAGUAACUUCCACCAGUAGUUAAAAUAACCACUUGUUACAGCAAAGGUUUGCAGAAGGUCAUUUAUAAACGCACAGAUCCUAAAAACCUCAAAGCAGAAGUCCACACCAGGUGACACUCCUUCCACUUAGUUAGGCGUUGUGUUUGUACCUAAUAAAGUGGAAUGUGUGUACAUUUCAAAAGUUGAACAAAGCUCCAAAAUUUUCUGUUUUAAUGUUUAAUGUUUGAGGUCAACGUUGCCAUUUUGCAUCAGUACUGAAUGUGGCACCAGACUUUGUCAUAAACUUAAUGUUUUCCUCUGUUAUUGACUUAUAUUAUAAUAUAAUUAUAAUUAUCAUUUUUUAUAAUAAUUAUAAUUUUUAUAAUUUAUCUUUAUUAAUCCCCACAUGAUCAAAUAACCAAAUACAAAUAUACCAUACAGCAUGCAUAGACUCCUAUGUUUGGAAAUAGCUGUUGAUCAAUGACAACACUGAUGUGACAGAUUUUAUCUGGACCAGACUAAAAGUGGCAUGAAACAGCAAAUGUGGGCCAAAUAUUCUUUAAACAAGCAUGAUAAUUUUUUGAGGGGGCAAAUAUGUGGUGCUCUU